AUGGCAAAUCGCGACUACUACGGAAGCUUCCCACCGGGGCACGAUUCUUACGGGCGUGGCCGCUAUGGGGAUUACCCCCCACCAUACGAAAGCCGAUCGCGAGAUUCUAGCUACAGCAAGCGUGAUCGCCCUGAUUAUAACGGCGACCUCGUUCCUGUCCGACGAAGCUACGAAUCGGACCACGGCCCUCGACACGGCCAUCGUGAUGACGGCCAUAGCAGACGCCAUUCUCGACACCACGGGCACCAUAAAGACCACGAACACCGUUCUCAUUCUCGCAAGCACGAUCACCAUGAAACAGCUCAAGGUGCUAUCCUUGGUAUGGGCGCCGCGGAGCUUGUUCACCACCAUCGCAAAAAGAAGGGCGACGACGUGAGUCAUGGGGUAGGCCAUGUCGCUCGAACGGUUGGCGCUGGUGUUCUAGGCGCUGUUGCUCUCCGUGAAUUAUCAGACCAUCGGCGAGAUCAUUAG